UGUUAAUUUUAUCUUAUCUCCAAAACGUCAAAAAAGUUCAAAGGUGCAGAAAAUGAGAAAACUAAGUUAGAGGAUAAAUUCCGGACAAAUCUUUUUACUUUUAUAAAAUGGUUGCAGGUAUUGUUACAGGGCGCCUUGCGUUCGUUACAGGUGCCGGGUCGGGCAUCGGCCGAGCGGCGUGCCAGGUGUUGUCCCGUGAGGGCGCCACAGUGAUAGCGGCCGACAGAAACUAUGAUCAGGCUGUGGAAACUAUAAAAAAGCACACCUCCCUGGCUCAUGGGUCAAAUGGUAUUGGUGAUCACAGUGCACUUGAAUUGGAUGUUUCUGACUCGAAAGCAGUGCAGAAUGCUCUAGAACAAACAUUGAAGCUGUAUAAGAAGCCGCCCACCAUCGUCAUCAACUCGGCCGGCAUCACAAGGGAUAACUGGAUGCUCAAACUGUCCGAAGCUGACUAUGACAGUGUACUUGAUGUCAAUUUGAAGGGCACAUUCCUGGUGAUGCAAGCAUUUGCAAGAGCUAUGACAGAAGCUGCCGUCACCUCUGGGUCUAUUGUCAACAUUUCCAGUAUUGUUGGGAAAUAUGGGAAUAUAGGACAGACCAACUAUUGUGGAAGCAAGGCUGGCGUGGUGGGCAUGUCGCAAGCUGCUGCUAAAGAAUUGGGAAAGUUUAAUAUAAGAGUAAAUGCAAUUUUGCCUGGAUUCAUUAAUACCCCAAUAGUGGACACAGUGCCAGAGAAGGUUAAACAGGGCAUUUUGAAGUUAGUGCCCCUAGGCCGCCUUGGUAGCCCAGUUGAGGUGGCUGAAAUCAUCACAUUUCUAAGUUCAGACAAAAGUUCUUUUAUAACUGGAGCAGCUAUUGAUGUAACUGGUGGAUACUAAAUAAUAUUAGAAUAAAAAAUCGUUUGUCUUCCAAUUAAGUGAUAUUUUCUAAUCACAGGUUAUUAUAAAAUCAUAAAGAUAAUAUAACUAGAUUCUGAUGGUCAUUGAUGGUAUUAUUUAUAAUCUAAUCAGUGACAAAUAAAUGACAAAUGUGUUUUUAUAGGACCACUUCGUACUUAAAGUUUUUUACAAUUUUUACGAGCAUUUUGUUGACUAUUUUUAAGAGAAUAAAAUAAAGAAUUGUUAA